AUGCAUGCACAAAAAUUGGAGUCAUCUUUUGUGGGUGAGAGCUCUAAGCUCAAGAAAGUGAACGGAUGUCUGCCGCGGAGUCAAGAUCGGCCUGUUUUGGUUAUCUCUCCGGAAUCUGUCCAGGAAGAUAUCGCUUAUUGGAGCCAACAUGUUUUGAUCUGCAAGUUCUUGGGUAUUCGGAUUCCUCUCUCGGCAUUAGAAUCUUGGAUCCGUCGAACUUGGCAUGUUGAGGGGGAUUUUGAUUUAUUGGUAGCUGCAAAUGGCUAUUUCAUGGUCGAUUUUUCUAGUAUCUCGGACCGUAAUCGUGUUUUUGAAGGAGGGCCAUAUUUUUACAAUCAUGUUGGCUUGUUCAUUAAGCCCUGGCAUAGUGGUUUUAAUGCGACAGAAGAUCUUCCUACUCGGGUUCCUGUUUGGGUGCGUCUUCCAUGGCUGCCGUUGGAGUUUUGGAGAGAGGAUAUUCUGCUUCGGAUUGCUGCUCUGUUGGGGAAACCGGCUGCCAUUGCUCAAAAUACUUUGGAGAAAAAGGUAUUUUCUUAUGCUCGCAUCUGCGUUGAAAUUGACUUAAAUAAUCCUUUGCCAGACUCUUUGGAAAUUUUUAUUGGCUCGGCUUCGUGGAUUCAACCGCUUGAUUAUGAGUCCCUCCCUUUUCGUUGCCGCUUCUGUCACGAGUAUGGACACCUUCAGCGCCAGUGUCCUCGGGCACCCAAAGCUGCUGGGGUGUCUUCUUCUCCUUCUUCUGGGCCCUCGAUGGAGAAAGGGGAUAAAGGGAAGGAAUCUGGGGUUGAGGGUGGGCCUGAUAAGGAUGGCUUUAUCCCUGCUGUGGAGGAAGGGAUUCCUGUUGAGCUUUCUGCUGGGGCCUCUGGUAUGGAUGUUGGGAUGGAUACAGGGCUGGAGAAAGCGAUUGUUGUGCUGAAUUCGUCUUCGGCAUUGGUGCAGGGGAGUUCGGAGCCUCCUGGGGCCUCUGUAGAUGUGCAGGAUGAUAUUGUUUUAGCAGAUUUGGCUAAGGCAGUGUUUUCUUCAGGCAAAGGGCGAGGAUCAUCUCCUUCCUUGGGGGUGUUGCAACGCCCUCUCAAGAAGGGACAUUUUGAAUUUUCUUCGAAAGUUGGUCGUAAGAAGGAUGCAGACAAGCUUAAAUCUGCUGGGGAUCUUUUGGAAACUAAGCUUAUGGUGGAUCUCAUGUUUCAACAUGCUCCUCGUAUUUGGUUUUCUGGCCAGUGUCAGUGUAUUGGAUCUAGGGGAACCUCUGGGGGUCUGGCUCUUUUCUGGGAUCCUCGUAAGGUUGUCCCUCAUUGGUGGAUUUCCAGCCAGUCUGCUAUUUCUAUGGUGGCCUCGAUUUUGGAAUCUGCUGGUGACUUCAAUGCUGUGUUGAGCUUGGAGGAGAAAAGGAGAGGGCUGCCUAGGCUUGGCCCUGCUUCAGAUAUGUUUCGGACUAAUGUGGACUCUCUAGCAUUGAUGGAUGUAAAACCCUCUAAUGGAAUUUUCACUUGGAAUAAUAGACGGAGUGGGCCUGAAGCGAUUGCCCAGCGGCUUGAUCGUUUCCUUGUCUCUUGCUCUUGGGUUAGAGGUAGCUUGGUCAUUUGCUCUGAGAUUCUUGACUGGCGUGGCUCUGAUCAUUGGCCAAUUAAGUUUUCGACUUCAGCUUUUCCAAAUCCUAAGAACCCCCCUUUCAAAUUCCAGCUCAUGUGGUUGCGUGAUCCGUCUUUAGGUGAUCUUGUGGCUCAAUGGUGGCGGGAUGGCGCCCCUGCCUAUGGUACAUCUAUGUAUUCUCUGGUUAAGAAGUUGCAAUAUGUUAAGUUUCAUCUUAAGCGAUGGAAUAGGUUGAGUUUUGGUAAUUUUCGGGUUAGGAAAAGAGAAGCGCUGGACCGCCUUGCUGUGAUUACCCGUCAGAUUCGGGAUUUGGGCUUCUUGGAGGCUCUUGGGCAUGCUGAAUCCCAGGCUCUGAAAUUGGUGGAAGAGUGGGAGCUCCGUGAAGAGAUUUUCUGGAAACAAAAGGCUAGGAUUGAUUGGCUUCAAGAGGGUGAUCGGAAUACGGCCUUUUUCCAUUAUUCUGUGCAAGCUCGUCGAAAUAAGUGCUUUAUCUCUUCUCUUGUUAACUCUGAGGGUAUUUCAAUCUCUGCUCAACAUGCUCUGUCUAGAGAGGCUCGUCAGUACUACUCUAAUCUUUUCACUGAGGAUUCUGUACCUGCUGAGGCUGAUGAAAAUAGAGUCCUUGCUUGUAUUCCUUCUUUAAUUUCUAAUGAGGUGAAUGCUUCUCUUAUUCGCCCGGUGACUCUGUCUGAAGUGGAGGAGGUGGUGUUUGGGAUGAACAAAGGGAAAGCCCCUGGCCCUGACGGGUUCCCAGUUGAGUUUUUCCAGGAGUUUUGGGAUAUUGUGAAGCAGGAUUUGUUAGAGGUGGUUUGUGAGUCUCUUCAUAGUAAGCAGAUGCUUCGCGCCUUGAAUGCUACUUUUCUGGUUCUCAUUCCUAAGAAGGAAGGUGCUGACAAACUUGAUCUCUUUAGACCUAUUACACUCUGUAAUGUGGUGUAUAAGAUUAUUACGAAGUUGAUGGCUGAGAGACUCAAAUCUUGUUUGCCAAUGAUUAUUUCUGAGGAGCAAGGCGGCUUUGUGGCUGGGCGGCAAAUUCUGGAUGGGGUGGUGGUUGCGUCCGAAGCCAUUCAUUCCAUGGCUACUUCUCAGGAGAGGUCUAUGUUUAUCAAGUUGGAUAUGGCCAAAGCCUAUGACAGAGUUAAAUGGAGUUUUCUUCAGAAGAUUCUGUUGGCCUUUGGUUUUUCCUCUGAUUGGGUGAGUUGGGUGUUGAGUUGUGUGACUUCUUCCUCCUUUUCGGUUAUUAUGAAUGGGGAGCCUUCUGAGCUUUUUGGGGCUACUAGGGGUCUUCGUCAGGGGGAUCCGCUCUCUCCUUAUUUGUUUAUUAUUCUGGCUGAGGGGCUUGGCCGUCUUCUUAAAUCUCAGGUUUCUCAUGGCUUGAUUCAUGGUUGGCAGUGGGGGAUGGGCUUGCCUACACUUUCUCAUCUCCAAUUCGUGGAUGAUACCUCUCUUAUGGGUCUGGCUCGCAUUAGGGAGGCUAAUUCCUUCAGGAAAACUUUGGACAUCUACCUUGCGGCUUCGGGCCAGAGAGUCAAUGAGCAAAAGUCUUCUAUUUUCUUCUUUAAUACUCCUCAAGCUAUCCAGCAUAGGAUUGCUGCCAUUCUGCGGUUUCAAAUUGGAACUCUUCCCUUUGUUUAUUUGGGUAUUCCUCUUACUGUUGGCCGUCUGCCCAGAUCUUCUUGGCAGCAGUUGCUUGAUAAGCUUAGGAGAAAGGUUUCUCAUUGGACCCAUCGUUGGUUGUCUUCUGCAGCUAGAUUGACUCUUCUUAAGUCUGUCAUCCAGGCCCUUCCCAUCUACAGGUGCUUUGUUCAAGCGGCUCCUAUGUAUUUCCUUAAGGAAUUUGAUGCUCUUUCUCGUCAAUUUCUUUGGAGCGGUAAUUUAUUGUCUUCAAAAUGGAGCCUUGUUAAGUGGGAAUCAGUGUGUAGACCUAAGCAGGAAGGGGGUCUUGGUUUACGCUCUGCUAUUUUGAAUGGAAAAGCUCUUGCUGCUAAGCUUUACUGGCGCUGGUGCACCCAUCAGCACCAGUUAUGGGCUCGUAUUCUCAACCUUAAAUAUCUUCGGGGUGUUGCUUCUUUUGAGGUCCCUCACUAUCCUCUGGAGGGGGGUGGUUCUAUGAUCUGGCAUACUUUGAAAGUGGGGGCGCAGUUGAUUAAGGAUGCUCUUUUUUGGAUCUGUCAUUCGGGUUCACAGGCUCUUUUUUGGUUAGAUUCCUGGGAUGGUCACCCUCCUAUUCUUUCUUCUUUUCCUCAUCUCCAGCCUCUGUCUGAGGUUUUUAGCGCAGCUGGCUGGGAUACUGUGGAGCAUUAUAAGGUGACACAACAUGAUGGUUUGGUUCUUUGGUUUCGUUGGAAGCACCCUUCUGAGUGGCCUCCAGGAGGGUCUGAGGGGGAUAGGCGUGAGCUUUCCCAACUUUUGGCUUCCCGUGCUUGUAAUUCUUUGAGAGGAACUGAUGUUUUGGCUUGGGAUGGUUCAGACUUGUCUGGAAAGUACUCUGUGGUUGCUGGUUAUAAACAGAUUGGUAGGCAGUUGUUUGGGGACAUUGAGGUCCCUUGGUGGAAGCAUGUUUGGCACAAGUUGUCAUGGCCCAAUUGCAACUUCUUUAUGUGGUUAGUGGCCCAAAAUCGGUGUCUCACUUGGGAUAAUUUAUGUAAGUGUGGUUUUCAAGGCCCUUCUAUGUGUGUUUUGUGUCAAGGUUGUGAAGAGAGUGUAUCCCAUAUCUUCUUCCAAUGCUCCUAUGCUAGGGAGAUUUGGCACUUCUGGUGGGGAGUGUGGAAUACGACUUGCUGGCAUUUUUCCUCUUUGGUGGAAUUUUGGGAACGAUGGGGAAGGGCCCCUGUUUCUACUUCCUUUCUCCAGGCUGCUUGGGCCAUUGGGCCUUCCUUUAUUAUCUGGAAUCUUUGGUUGGAGAGGAAUAGGCGGAUCUUUCAAGAUUUGCAGCUGAUGGCUCCUCACCUUUGGAGGAAAAUUUUACACUCCUUAGGGGAAACUAUUGUGGCUAAGUGUGAUAUGACUAUGCGGGUGGACCCUCGGGAUGUUGAUUGUUGUAAUCGCCUUCAUCUUCCUCCUCCGCAACGACAACUCAUGCGUAACAGGUGUAGGCAUCCUACCCCAAAGGUGAAUAGGGAGGGAAGAUGGUCCCCUCCUCCCUUGGGAGUCCUAAAAAUCAACUCGGAUGGCUCUUCUCGUGGUAAUCCUGGUCAUGCUGGCAUUGGAGGUGUGGGCCGUGAUAGCUCAGGGGAUGUUCAGUUUAUUUUCUCUGAGUAUAAGGGUCUUCAUACAAAUAAUCUUAUGGAGGCUCAGGCUAUUUUAGUGGCUAUGGAGCGGGCCAAUCAGUUGGGUUGGCGAAGGAUCAUAUGUGAGUCUGACUCCCAGGUUGUGGUGAACUUACUGAAAAGGCAGUAUAUGGAUAAUGUGAGCUGGCAGCUGGCCUUGAUUGUUGAACAAAUUCUCACUCUCUGUGCAUCUCUGGAGCAUGUUACUUUCAACCAUAUUCCCCGUGAAUGGAAUGGUGUGGCUGAUUGCUUGGCUAAAUGGGCUUCCGAUCAUAUGCAUGAUUGGAAUUUGGUGGAUCGGGGCCAUCUGCCCCCAGAUUUGUCUCAUCAAUUGGAUCACUUGGUUGAUCUUGAUAGGGCCAUUUAA